AUGUGUUCCUAUCUAUCUAUCUAUCUAUCUAUAGAAGUCUGUCCAUCUAUCUAUCUAUUUUUUAUAUUUUCUGUGUUGUCAUUCCUAUUAUAUUUUGAUCUAUCUAUCUAUCUUAACCUUCUGUCCAUCUAUCUAUCUAUCUAUUUUUUUAUCUUUUCUGUGUUGUCGUUCUAUUAUAUUUUGCUCUGGUUUAAUUCUAUCUAUCUAUCUAUCUAUCUAUCUAUUCAUCUAUCUAUCUAUCUAUCUAUCUAUCUUAACCUGUUCAUCUAUCUAUCUAUCUGUUCAUCUAUCUAUCUAUCUAUCUAUCUAUCUAUCUUAACAUGUUCAUAUCUAUUCAUCUAUCUAUCUAUAUCUAUCUAUCUAUCUAUCUUAACAUGUUUCAUCUAUCUAUCUAUAUCUAUCUAUCUAUCUAUCUCAUCUAUCUUAACUAUUCAUCUAUCUAUCUAUCUAUCUAUCUAUCUAUCUAUCUAUCUUAACAUGUUCAUUCAUCUAUCUAUCUAUAUAUCUUAA